CGUGUCUCUCAGCUGCCCUUUAACCCUGGGAGGUCUACGGGAAAAUAUCACUGAACUUCUUUGUUCUUCGAUACGUGCCGUCGAUGAACCACGACGAGGCUGGCGUCAGUAGCAACACUCAGGAAGAUUUUGAUCAGAUAACACAACAAAUUCGGGCACUUCAGUCUUCGCAGGACGAGCUGUCCCGUUCGAUCCGCAAUCUACAGGUCCGUGCAGCUCGUAUACAGAAUCAGAAGGCAGCGGUGUCACGUAUCCCCUCUGAUGUCCUCUCGAUGAUAUUUGAGGAGUGCCGUCAGCUCAAUCCACAAUGGUCCGGCGUUCUCUUCAUUCUCCACCAGUCACCCGUUGAGGUACGACUGUCGCAUGUAUCGAGCCAUUGGCGUGAGGUAGCCCUCACCUCACCUUCCCUUUGGUCUUCUAUUCAUUACCCGUUCGCGCAUAAAGAGGAUCCGCUCAUGGAAUAUUUGAAGAGGUCAGAUGGGUCACUUCUCGACGUAUACAUCGGGCCAUGGAGACAGCACCCUCAGAUUGAGCGCGUGUUGACCGAUAUUAUCUUACCACACCUUCCCCGUUUCAGACAAUUGGUUCUUGACGCAGUUUCACGAGAGACUUUGACGUCGCUCCUCACAACGUUUCGUGACGUGUCCGCCCCUGCUUUGACACGGCUGCGAGUGAUGUGCAGAGGACCAAUGUCAACUGCAGGUCCCAUCGCUUCUGCAAAGCUCUUCACCAAGGGAGCCCCUUUGUUAUCCGAUGUUAGGUUCGACAGCGUUGUAGUCAUCCUGCCCAAAACAGAAGCAAAAACGCUCCAUUUUUGCCCGCCGCUAGGGCCACCCUUCCCACUCACACGCGAAAAACUUUUCCGAGCAGUGUCGGCAUUCCCAUCCCUCCGUAGGCUCCAUGUGAAAUCGGCUAUAGAGCUGAAUAUUGCAACCCCUAUUCCGCUUAUCCGCUUGCCCUCAUUGAGGGAGUUAGUGGUGCAUGGCCUCGCCGUGUCAACGGGCAUACGUAUAUUUGAUGUGAUAUCUACGCCAAAUAUCGAGAGCCUCUACCUCGUGGAUAUGAAUUGCUCCGCAAUAUCUGCAAUUCACAGAUUCAUGACACAGUCUUAUCCGGAUGCGUUCCAGUCCUUGCGGGUGCUACGGUAUAUCAGGUGCGAGUUUAGCGAGGACAUGGACAUCCAUUUCCUUCGCGCAACCCCUGGUAUCUCCCAACUGCUCAUACCCGUCGAUAAAACAAAUUACCUGAUGCGUAUGCUCGUGAACAGUGACAAACAAGCGGCCAUUCACGGCUGCGCACCACUGUGGCCGGAAUUACGCACUGUUACCCUGCACACAUCUGGGUACUGCGCGCAGGUGGUUGGCGCGGGUGGUGUCCCUGACGACGAGCCUUCGCCUACGAUGAACCUCCUUCAGGAACUGGUUACAGGGCGAAAGAUGUUGGGCAGACCACUAAGCAAACUCUGCUUUAAAGGACCCAAUGCAGGACCCUUUGCGAACGAGUUCCAUUGGGGGCUCAAUCGAACGAAACAUUUCGUACCUACCGAAGUUGUUUUCUGUCAAAUCCAUGCUUUGUCGCAGGAUGGAGGGCAGGAAUACGACUGGGCCGUUGUCGCUGAGGCAUAUGGUAUGCAGUUGCGGCAGUUUCUUCAGCAGGUUCAAGGCAUACGGCAUCAGCUAGCUACUAUUCUUCCACCUAAUUUUUCGUUCCAGCAGCUACGAAGACGAGUGGACGGGCCAGCGUGAUAGAUAUUCCACGAGAAAAUCUGAUUCAUACCUUUCGCGUACUUAGUCGUCAUCAGGUUCAGGGCAUUACUAUUCAACAUUUAUUCAUGGUCUUUAAGACGUUAUAUUUCGUUCUUCAUAAUUUCGAUUUAGGACGUUCUAGUUCUCGUGCUUCUUUACCCAAUGCCCCUUCAGUGACAAGUUGCCUCAUGUCCUCUUCA